GCGGCCGCUACCCGAGGGAGGUGGCAGCGGCGGGGCUGCGAGGAGGAGGAAGGCGGAGCGGCGCUGAAGUGCUUGGAGGAGCCCCAGUACCGGCUGCGGGGCUGUGGAGCCGUCCCGCCUGUGGAUUAUAACUGGAGCCGCCUCCCCUGCCCUGACACCCCGUCUGGAAACCGGGGCGGGGAAGGCACCCUGAGACAUCGCCUUUUUGAUUCUUUCCCUCUCUUUUAAAUCUUCCUUAUAUAUAUAUUUUAAAUGGUGGCGGGGGGGGAAGCAUCGGCCACCCGAGAAGAAGCGAAGGAAGUUACAAAGCUGCUUUUAGACAUGUCGCCGUGACAAAAAAAGUUCUCCUAACUACACCCUCCCUCCCCCCCACCCCAACACACACACUCCGGGGUUCUCCCGACUCUCAUCAACCGCGGGCGGAGAUGCUGCGCGGCGGCGUGGGGAGGCGGCGGCGAGCAUGAAGGCGGCAGGAUGGGCGCGAACAAUGGCAAGCAGUACGGCAGCGAGGGCAAAGGCAGCUCAAGCAUCUCAUCCGACGUGAGUUCAAGUACAGAUCACACUCCCACCAAAGCCCAGAAGAAUGCGGCUACCAGUGAAGAUUCCGACCUGAGCAUGCGGACGCUCAGCACGCCCAGUCCAGCAUUAAUAUUCCCACCCAAUUCUCCCGGCUUCCAGAAUGGCAGAGGCUCAUCAACGUCUUCAUCCUCGGUCACCGGGGAAACUGUGGCCAUGGUCCACUCGCCGCCGCCGACCCGCCUCACUCAUCCUCUCAUCCGGCUGGCGUCCAAGCACCAGAAGGAACAGGCCAACAUCGACCGGCUGCCCGACCACUCCAUGCUCCACAUCUUCUCCUUCUUACCCACCAACCAGCUGUGCCGCUGCGCCCGCGUGUGCCGCCGCUGGUACAACCUCGCCUGGGACCCCCGGCUCUGGAGGACUAUUCGCCUGACCGGAGAGACAAUCAACGUGGACAGGGCCCUGAAAGUGCUGACCCGGAGGCUUUGUCAGGAUACACCCAACGUAUGUCUCAUGUUGGAGACGGUAAUCGUUAGUGGCUGCAGGCGGCUCACAGACAGAGGACUCUACACCAUUGCCCAGUGCUGUCCAGAACUGAGGAGGCUGGAGGUGUCUGGCUGUUACAACAUCUCCAAUGAAGCAGUCUUUGACGUCGUGUCACUGUGCCCAAACCUGGAACACCUGGAUGUGUCAGGCUGCUCCAAAGUAACAUGCAUCAGCCUGACUCGCGAAGCCUCCAUCAAGCUGUCCCCCUUACACGGGAAACAAAUCUCCAUCCGCUACUUGGACAUGACAGACUGCUUCGUCCUGGAGGACGAGGGCCUGCACACCAUCGCCGCCCACUGCACCCAGCUGACCCACCUGUACCUGCGCCGCUGCGUCCGCAUCACCGACGAGGGCCUCCGCUACCUGAUGAUUUACUGCCCCUCGGUGAAGGAGCUGAGCGUGAGCGACUGCCGCUUCGUCAGCGACUUCGGCCUGCGGGAGAUCGCCAAGCUGGAGUCUCGCCUGCGCUACCUGAGCGUGGCUCACUGCGGCCGCAUCACGGACGUGGGCAUCCGCUACGUAGCCAAAUACUGCAGCAAGCUGCGCUACCUCAACGCACGGGGCUGCGAGGGCAUCACGGACCACGGCCUGGAGUACCUCGCCAAAAAUUGCACAAAACUCAAAUCGCUGGACAUCGGCAAGUGCCCUCUGGUCUCGGACACCGGCCUGGAGUUUCUCGCCCUCAACUGCUUCAACCUGAAGCGCCUGAGCCUGAAAUCAUGCGAGAGCAUCACCGGGCAGGGCCUGCAGAUCGUAGCUGCCAACUGUUUUGACCUGCAGAUGUUGAACGUGCAGGACUGCGAGGUGUCGGUGGACGCUCUGCGGUUUGUAAAACGACAUUGCAAGCGCUGUAUCAUAGAGCACACCAACCCUGCCUUCUUCUGAAAGGAAACCCCACGCCUGCCGUCACAGUGCAGUAUGAAAAACACUGACGUAUAAACACGCGCUCUCAUUUCCAGUAAUGCUGUCUUUUCUGUCGCUCACGGGAGUCAGCUUUUCUUGUAUGUUGCGGGUGAGGUCGUGUUUCUAGAGGACUAUUGUGUUUGCUUUCUCUGUGAUCACUUUUUAAGGUGCGGUGGGUCUCUGUGGAGAGGCUGCCUUAAUGCAAAAGCAACGAGUGCUCGGCGUCCCCGGUGGCUGCCAUUUCCAUAACAGCCGUGAUCUUGUCCCAGGCUACAGUAGCUACCUCCAAAGGAAAUAGCACAUAAUCCCUCCUUUGGAAGUGCUACGAAGCUGUGUCAAAUACAUCUGAAUUCCAGCUGUGCACACAAAGCUGACUAUGCAAAAUGUGUCUGUGUUCCCCGACUUCUUCCAGUAUGGCUGUUAAAGCGUCCCCUCAUCUCCAAGUAGGUUCUCUUUGGUAGUUAUCUGUUGUACUCCCUCAGGAAAUACUGGGUAAUGUUCUUAAACGUACUUGAUUGAGGCAGAAUAAGACCUGCUGGCCAUUGCCGAGCACUCUGCUGAGUGAAUCUGGAGAUUGUGCCCACGCAUGGAUUCUCUUGGAAAGCCCACCUUCAGGCCACUCCUGCAUCAUCACUACUUGCCUUCGUUCCUAAAUCUGUCCUCUCCUGCAUGUGUAGUACCACUCGCUGGUAGCAGAUAGGGAUUUCUGGGUCUGAUAAGCAGUGACCUAUUCACUGGAGUGUAGGAAAACAGAUGAGAUGUUGGUGGCCUGGCAAAGUAGAAAGCCAGCCCAUCAGCCUGAGGAGCUGCUGUAAUUCUGCUACGGGCUGAGAUGGGACUGUGGUACCCUGAGGACCCUCUGAGGCAUUGUGGAGCAGCUCACACAGGGCAUGGGCAAUUGCUGUGCUGUGCAGCUGUCUCCAGAAAGCCUGUCUGUGUUGCUUCAGUGUAUGUUUUCAGCAGCCAUGGCAUCACUGCAGUUGACACUCCCUGAGCAAACCCGGCACGUGCGUUGAGGCAAAUUCAGUGUGUGCCUUAGUACCUGUAGAAACAUGACCCUUUUCUGUGGCCUUCCAGUUCAAAGGAUAGAUGGCUGAUCUCGAGAUUUCAGAGAUGUGAGACUGAUGUUAGACAACAACCCUGGGGACAGAGGAGCUUAGAGUGUUGUAACAUUAGAUUUAGAUUUUGUGAAGCCUUGUCUCUGUAUGUUCCCUUAGGCUGGAGAAACAGCUGCUGCUCAAUGAGGAAUUAAAACCCUGUGACACUGGGAGCCCUUUGUACUCUCAUGGUCGCUCUCACUCUUGCAAGAGUGGUUUUGGAGGUUCCCCCGUCUCGUCGGCGUGUGGCUGUUGGACGGUUUUUCUUUCUUCACAAUUUUCUGACGGCCUUUUCUCUGUAUUUUCACAUGUAAUGCUCAGAUCUGAAAGCCAGACACGUUAGGGAUGAUGAUAUUUUCAGGCAGGCCCCCUGCGCCUGACUGACAGGUGAAUUCAUACGUUCAGCUCAAACGCCAUCAACGUCUCGGUAGAGAACAUCAGAAGGGAAGCGCCGUGUCUGGUUUUCAUAAGCAGUAGUUCCAUCAUCUCCAGACAACGCUAAUAAAACCGUUGAUAUGAAGUGAAAAUCCAUAUGCUCGAGAAAAAAAAUACAGAGCUGCUGAGGAAAUACUCCUAGCAAUGCUCUCUCAAAUUACAGCAGAAAAAAAGAAAUGGUUUGGACAUGUCCCUGCAGAGGGAACUUGUCCUACUGCUGCAAAAAAAUUCCUGUAAGUUAUGUAUGUUCCUCCAAUUUCAAGUUUCUUAACACACAGGAUGUCAUCAGCUCCCAGUGAUAAAUCAGAUCCUAGCAAAGCAAAGAGGGCCACGGAAAAGGAAUUUGUCAUUGCUACUGUUACUGGUCAGUGACUGACAGGGGAUGAUACCAUUCUUUGGCCAGUUAAUAUCACUGGUUUUCCUUUUUGUAUUGUUAACAUUAAGAGAUUCUUCUCCAGCAAGUAGAACAGUAUAUUUUAUCCGAGCCAGCUUUACUCUCUGUUUAUCCUUUAUCCCAAAAUGGCCCCGAGGAUAGUUAAAUGUUCAACCCGUUCCUGAGGAUGGUGGGAUUUUGAGCCAUUUGCACUCACGAAAUAUAAGGCCUCAUUAGUAACAUUUAACUGUUUAUUAAAAAAGAGGGGAAAAAAAAGCCAAAAAAAAAGCUACAUUUUCUGGCUAAGCUAAAUUGAGUGAAUAGUGCUACAUGGUUUUUGAGGUUUCUAAUGUUUAAAUUGGCCUGUACUGUACAAAUCUCACUAUAAAGCCUUAAUUU